GUUUUAGAGUUGUUUAUCUUCUUCACCUGAGUUCACUUGCGACCUAACAGCUGGUUUCGCAAAUGACCUGGGAUUGUUUAUUGUCUGUAGUUUUUGGACUAAUCCUUAGGAAUUUGGUCAAGACAUAUGCAUCCAAAAACUUUUUGGAUAGUCUUACAUAUUCAUCAUUAGAUCAGUGGGACUCUGUUAGUGAAGGGAUUUAUUUACAAAAGCAUGGGAUUUCUGCGUAUGAUGGUGAUGUAGUACAUCAGCCUCCUUUGUUGCUAUUAAUGUGGUCUUACUUAUUAAAGCUGACUGAUGGAGAUGGGACUUCUUAUCAUUUGGCUCUUGAAUUCAUCUUGCUGACUUCCUUGUUCAUAUUUUGCGGAACAGCGUUUAAUUAUUUUCUCUCGAUUCAACAUCGCUACAAGUCUUUUGUACAUGAUUCAUCGAAGCACCUCUUAUUGAAAGAAAUAGAUUUCAGAAAGCUUCAAGCACUUUCAGUGAUAUGGUACGCUCUUAAUCCUUACUCAAUACUGAUUUCAGCUGCUCAGUCGACAGCUGUUGUGUACAAUGUUGUCUUUUUAUGGAUCAAUAUAUCUGUCUGUAGAGGUCACUUGUUAUCGGCCGCUGCUUUUUGCGCUGUUGGAUGUUACAUUCGUAUAUAUCCAGGAUAUUUAAUGUUUCCAGUUUUAGCUGCUGCUUACAAUCAGUUUCCAAGUAAAUCGAAAGGAAUAAUUUCUCGUCUAUCUAAUCUUCUCCCAUUAUUGGUUGCUUUCAUUGGAAGUUAUUCAAUUUUAUUAUGGAUUAGUUAUAUUGUACAAAAUCAUGAUUGGAGUUUUUUAACAUCAGUUUAUUGGAAUACUAUCAUUGUAGCUGAUUGUACACCUCAAAUGGGUAUCUUUUGGUACAUGUUUGUUGAAAUGUUUGAUCAUUUCAGUGAGUUUUUCACAUGGGUUUUCCAACUACUUAUUUUCAGCAUAGUAGUUGGCUUGACAAUUAAAUUCAAUCGAAAUCCAUUAUUUACAUGCCUUGUAAUAUCAUUUGUUAUCAAUAUAUUACAACCAUAUCACAAUAUUGGAGAACUUGGCCUCUUAAUAUCUAUCCUACCAAUGUGGAGUCAUCUUUUAAAUCAAACUCGAAUGAUGUUUAUUUCGUCGUGUUGCUUGUUGACUGCAUUGUUUCUUAGUCCAUUAUUUCAUUAUAUUUGGUUGCAACCGGGUACUGGAAAUGCGAAUUUCUAUUUCGCCGCAUCGUUGGUGCAUGCAUUUGGACAGGUUGUCCUUAUUACAGAUUUAUUAAAUGCCUAUGGAAAAUAUGAAUUUUUUUUACGUUAUGGUUCCAACCUUCGAUUGAGUACUGGUGAAAAGUUAAAAUUAAUUCAAGAAUAAAAAGAAAAAAUUUUUUCUUUUUUUAAGAAAAAAGCAACAAAAAAUCAGUCUCAAAACUAAAAGUACCACAAGAAGAAAAUAAUUCAUGGAUAUGAAGGAGGGAGGUGGGGGGGGAAAGGAGGGUUUCCCCUCCCCCCCUACAAACUAAUAUUUCUCUCACAAUUUUCAUUUAUUUUUUUGGCAAUUUUAUUGAAAAUAAUCAUUUUUUUUGUCUUUAUUGUUGUUAUAUGUAUGAUGUAGCAUGUGUAAUAAGCUACGUCAUUAAACUAUGUAAAUGUGCCUGUAAUACAAAUUUAUGUGAUAAUCAUUUUAACAAUAUAUAUGUAUUGGGAAAAAAAUCAUCUCAAUGUUUU